AUGGUAUCGAAAUAUCAGAGAUAUUUGAGCGUACACAGGCCACCAAAGCUGCAAAUACCUCACUAA